GUGUUCCCGAUGCACCCGGGAUCAUUCCGACAAGCAGCGCAUAAUCAUCAUAACAGAAAGGGCUGUAUUCGAGUACCAUACUCAUGCAUUAAUAAGCCAUCUCUCCAGAUUAAGCCUCCAUCCAUUCCAUUCCACCCUCCAUCAUCACCCCGGACUCAACCAUCAUCCCUGGAAUGCCCGCUACAAUCGCCGAAAUCCUCACACCCCUCCAGGACAACCCCGCCCUCGCGGAGCGCGUAGCCUCACGAAUCACCGAACCCCCCAUCACCAUCUCUGCCCCCAACCCCGCAUGGCCGCACAGAUUCACCGAAGUCAAACAGCGCAUCCAAGGCGCCCUUGGGCCAUUCACCUUAGACAUCGCCCAUUCCGGCUCCACCAGUGUCCCCGGCCUCCCAGCCAAAGACAUCAUCGAUGUUGAUCUGACCGUGAAAGACAUCGCAGACGAAGCAUCCUACGUGAAGCCUCUAGAAGCAGCUGGGUUUCGGUUUCUGUUGCGCGAGCCGCAAUGGCACCAGCACCGGUUCUUUGUGGAGAAUUGGCCCAACGCCUACCAUGUGAAUCUGCACGUGUGGGGACCUGAUUCGCCCGAAGUGGCCCGACAUCGGAUCUUUCGUGACUGGUUAUUGAAAACCCCGGCGGAUUUGGAGUUGUAUGCUGCGGUGAAACGCGAAGCGGCGGAACAGACGGCUCGAGCGGGAGAUUCCAUGGUAAAUUAUAAUCAGCGGAAAGAGAAGACCAUUCGGGAGAUUUUGGAAAGAGCGUUUCGCGAUUUGGGGUAUAUUGAGUGAGACUGGACCUAUCUGCUUUGUAUUGUGAGCGGUGCUUGCAGUUUUAGUAUGUUUCAGCGAUUGUUUUGAGGUUGCGAGUGGUUGCAGUUCAAGUACUGUAGCGGUCAUGGGCUACACCGCGUCUUAUCAUAUGGAAUUCUAUGAUUUCGAAGCUUGAUACCUCUCUGGCUUCUGGAAAUACAAAUACUGGUCAAGG